AUGUUUACCACGAAAUCGCAAUUUUAUUAAGCUAGUUCAACAGGGCGGUUUCAGUUUAAAUAUAAGCCGAGUGUUGAAUUAGGAGGAUUUCCUAGUUUGACACCUUGUAAUUCUGACAAAAGAAUGACAAGAUUAGAUUGGUUUGCUGGUCCAUCUGAUCAGUUGGAUAGAUAAAAAAAACAUUGCACCUCGAAAGAAAGUAAACAUCACGAAGACUUAUCUAUUGGAAAACGAACAUUUAUUUAAGCCAAUAAAGAAACUGAAGGAUUGGUUAGCCUAGAGGACAUAAUGUAAAGAAAAUCUCGAGUGCCUACACUAGAAAAGAAGAGAAACUAAAUUCCCGUUCAUUUUUUAGGAGACAAGAAUUAUCCCUAUCCAGAAAUAGAGCCAGCAUUUUAUAAAUAAGAUGAUGGACUAAUCGCAGGAUCAAAUAUCAAAAAUCGAUUUCGACAUCCUUUCAAAAUAUCUAAAAAGUUUCACGGUUGAGUAUUUGAUAAAAUCAUAUUCAUACACUCGAAAAAUAACAAAUCUCAUUUCUA